AUGGCCGGGAACAACGCGCCGCGAGCGAGCGCUCAGAUCACCGCGAUCGCCCUGAACGGCCCGGCGAACGUGAACGCGAGCGUGAGCGCGAUGCCACACCUCCCAACCGGAAUGGUCCCCCACCAAAGUCGGGCAGUGCCGCCCCUCACCACCUAUAUGGCCGGAGAUGACCGUACGCCCUGGGUUCCUCUCACCCUCAACUCGAACUUCAUCCGCAACAAAAACUAA